GGCCCCAUCAUGUUUGCCCGAGUCCUCCGACUUUGAGUCUUACGUCUCCCCGACAGCUACUGUUUUGCUGCCGCUCUUUCCCGUCCUGCGCCUCGUACUGGACUCUUCCACCUCCCGUCGCUCUCUCCCAUUUCUUAUUGUCCUCUUCUUUGAAACACGUGGGCCGCCCAUUGCCUCGUGGUUCCUCCUGACCCGCUUCCUCGCGGCACCCUUGCAGCUCGGUUCGGGCUCGCUCAUCACAUUAUGGAUGAGCAAUCGUUUCUUUUGGGCUGGCGUGCACGGUACAACUGAAUCUUUGAUUGUGUACCUUGUGUGGUUGACCGUCCUGCAUGGACUUACCUGGCAGGCCGCCGUGGCGGAUUGUGGGGCAAGAGUGGUGAGCGGGACGUACACCUGGUGACAAUUGGGAACGACAAGCUGGAGGUGGACGUCUGCGAACUGGGUGCGGCGCUUGUGGCUGUGAGAGUGAAGAAGAGUGGCGCUUGGGUCGACGUCGCCUUGGGCUACGAGUCCUUGGAGAGAUACACUGGGGGGGGCAAGCCCAAUUUUGGAACGGCGGUCGGUCGUUGUGCGAAUCGUAUCGCCGGUGCGGCUUUCGAGCUGGACGGACAGACGUACGAACUGGAAAAGAAUAACGGGCCGAACCAUUUGCACGGAGGCACGGAGGGUUUCUACAGUCAGGUGUUCUCGGGGUCCGUGACCAGCGAAACCACGGUUCGUCUCACCGCUUCGGAGCCAGACGGAGCCAUGGGCUACCCAGGACAGGUAGACCUGACGGUGGUGUACGAGGUCGUCGGGAACGAGCUGCACUUCCGCUACUCCGGGAGCACGAGCAGGCCCACGCUCCUGAGCAUGACCAACCACACGUACUGGAACCUGAAGGGCCACGCGGCCGGGAACGUGCUCGACCACUCCCUCAUGGUCGCCGGCUCGCGGACCACCGAGGUGGACGGCUCGUUGGCCAUCACGGGCCGCUGCCCAGGAGUGGAGGGCACGCCGCUGGACCUGCGGGCCGCGGUGCCGACGCUCCUGCAGGACGCGGUGGAUGCGGCCGGGCCGAUCGACGUCAACUACUGCCUGGUCGACGACGCGGCGGGCUGGAGGCCGGGCGGCCCGGAGGUUCUGGCCGCGCGGCUCGUGGGACCGCACGGCAUCACCAUGGAGGUGUGGACGGACCAGCCCGGCCUGCAGGUCUUCACGGGGCACAACAUCGACCCGGAGAACGGCGCCUGGUGGCACGGCAAGGGGGCGACGUGGCAGAAGUUCGGCGCGGUCUGCCUGGAGCCGCAGCUUUGGCCCGACGGCAUCCACCAUCCGUCGUUCCCGAGCCCCGUGCUGCGAGCUGGCGAGACGUACACGCACCACUCGCACCACGCCUUCAUCGUCGAGGGCGAGUGAUUUCGCACCCGCCCCCCAGGCUUCGUCUCUCGAGGCCAGAGAGACCCAGAGGACGAGGUUGCGCUUGGUGCGCAGAAACUUGGAAGUCGUCGUGUUUACCAAUUGGCUCCUUUUCCGAAGGUCUUCAUCUGUGCGUGCAAAGAAGCCGGUGGGUGCAAGCACUGCCAAGCAACGCUGAUCAAUGCUAUGCAAUGUCGUGCAACGCUUUGCAUUGGAUUGCUCUGAAUCAUUUUGAAUUGCGCUGGAAGGGUGAAGGCCCCUAGUUUGGGUGGCGCCAGGUUCAUCCUAUCUAUAAGAACUGUUGUCGAGGCCUUCCUCAUUGUCGUUGUUGUUGCC